AUGUUGACCAGCGUUGACCCACGUUGUGGCAGAGGGCGGGUACAGGUGCACGGCCCCUUCUCAGCCUCGCUGCUGCAGCAGACGCCCUUCACAGCCUCACCUACCGUCUUCCUCUCGUGGCUUGACGCGCUCUCCUUCUGGGGGGCCGGUGCUGCUGAUGCCGCCGUGGCUGAGGGCCUCUCAGAGGCGCUGCUGAACGUGGUGCUCGUCGCUGCCUCGCCACCCCACCGCCUGCCCACCCUGGUCGUCAAGCCGCCCCUGCCCGCCUCCACCCCUGCUGCUGCUGCCGAUGCUAGGGGUGGCAGUGGCGGGGGCAGCGGGGUCACGUGGGAGGCAGCGGCGUGGAGAGCGGUGUCCGCCCACAUGGUGGCCUCACUCUUUGCCCACCCUCUGUCGCAGAGCAGCAGAGCCGCGGAUGCAGUACGGCAGAGUGGUGAAGUUACCUUCAAGGCCCGCCACGUGGCCCAGGCGGUGGGCCCUCCUCCUUCUGUUGGUGGUGGAGGAGGAGGAGGGCCCGGGGCGGGGGCUGGUGGCAUGCCAGCGGUAGCGAUGGCUGGUUCAGUAGAUAUGGCUGGGGCAGUCAUGGGUGGGGCAGACAUGGGUGGGGCAGGCAAGGGGGGAGGGGGGGGGGAGCCCACGUUUCCUGCACCACCACAGCAACCCCUUGCCCGUCCUUCUGCCCUCUCUACCUCCCACUCUCAACCCUUAGGUGCACACCAGCCCCCCCCCCCGUCUGCUGCAGCGGGGAGAGAUGUGCUACUGGGGUUGGGGGGAGGGCCAGCAGGCGCCGCUACUGUUACCGCCACCAGUGCCACUGGGGGUGCUGGGAGUGCUGGCGGUGCUGCUUCUGCGGCGGUUGUAGACUCCAGGACAGCAGCACCCGUGCCCUCUCUCCGCACCACGAGCCACAGCCUGCAGUUCGGCAGCAGAGGGGGUAUGUGGGAGUGGGGCCAGAUGGCGGUGGCACUGCUAUGGGAACACUGCCUGGCGCCGCUGCUACUGCUGGAGCCGGUGCGAGUGGCAGAGGGUGGUGGGGCUGGUGGGGUGGCUGGAGUGGUAGCAGCAAGAGCAAUGCAGGCCCUGCAGACACAGCAGCAGCCACAACAGCAACAUCAGCAGCCUGCACAGUUGGUUGCUGGCCCUGGGAGGCGCAUGAUGCCCCGCACCACACCUAUAGGCAUGGCAGCAAGAGCAGAAGGAGCAGAAGGAGCACCUGCACCAGGUAUGGGUGCAGCCAUACCAGCAGCUGUUCCUGAACCUCAGAUUGCCAGGCCUAGUAUAUCCGUACCUGCCGGAGGCCCGGGAGCAGCUGUAGGCAUGGCAGGCCGCGGAGGACAGGGCUUGGCUGCCUCCCAACCAGGCCUUGCCCGUGGGCUGGGAGUAGGGGGUGCAGCAGCAGCAGGCAUGGUUGGGCAUGGGGUUGGCAUGGCAAAUGUAGCACAGCAGGGCAGGUCUGGGCAGGCAGCAGUGGUGGGUGGUGUGGGGGGAAUGGGUAUGGGGGGAGCAGGUGGAGCAGGAAUGGUGGGGGGCCCUCAGGCCGGCAUGGCAAGGCGUGUGGUAGGUGGAGUUGUGGGGGUGGGAGGGCUCAUGGCAGGGGCGAUGGGGGGUGGUGCAGGCAUGGCAGGGGCGGCAGGGGGAGGAGUCAUUAAUGGAGGAGCAGGAGGAGUGGGUGGUGGAGUGGUGGGGGUCCAGGCAGGGGGCGUGCAGCGGGUGGGUGUGGGGCAGGGCGUGGCAGGGCAGCAGCCUACAGUGGAAGGAGGAGGAGCAACAGCAGGGCCUGGGCCUGCCAUGCCCGCUCACCCGCUGCCUCACGCGCCUCGCGCUGCUGCCCCCACUGCUGCCGCCCUUGCUGCUGCUGGUGGGCCACAGCCUUCUCCCGCUACUCCUGCUGCUGCCGCCCCACUGGCUGCUGCUGCUGGCGCUGGGGCAGGGGCAGGUGGUGUGAGGCCGCCAGGACAGCCCCCGCAGUACCUCAAGCUGUGGGAGGGCACGCCCAUGGGGCAACGCAAGGUCAAGUCUGCUGAGCUUUGCCGUAGGGAGGUGAUAGAGUGCUGCAUGGAGGUGAGAGAGUUGGGCAUGGAGGUAGCUGGCAGGCAAGGCGGAGGUGCUGGUGCUCCUCCCCAUGUCAUCACACGAGUUCUUGCAGCAGAUGGGUGA